UGCCGCGGAGCCCCGGCGCGGGCGGCUUCGCCGGGGAGCGAGGCUCGGAGCCAGGAGGCGGCGCCGCUGGGAGGGAGCGCGGAGUGCGGAGCGCGGGGCCUGGCCGCCCGCCUGGUGAGAGCGCUGCGGGCCGCGGGCUGGGCCGGGGGCGGAUCAGGGGCAGCGGGGCGGCGAGGCUGCGGUCUCUGGACUAGGCGAGGGGCCGCCGGGGGCUGGAGGUCCGGAUCUUCAGUCGGGGCGCUGGGCACAACAGAGAGAAGCGGUGAGACACCACGAAGCGUUGCCCAGCUGGGCGCCAGGGCCGCCACGACCGCCCCUUUUCGGAGACUCGGCGAGGAGACCUGCCUGCGGGAGAGACCCCGGGGAGCAGGUCGGCCGGUCCGGGCUGGGGGUGUGUGUGCGUGUGCGCGCGCGUGUGUGCAUGUGUGCCUGCGAAGAGUGGUGGGCGUGUACGAGUGUGGGGGGAUGGCGGUGUGUGGCAUGUCUGUGUGUGUGAAUGUGUGUAGGGGGUGUGCAUCUCUGUACAGUACAUGCCGUGUGUGUGUGUGUGUGUGUGUGUGUGUGAGAGAGAGAGGGGGGGGGGGAGGCCGGGGGCUCACAGAGCUUGGGUUUGAACCCGUGCAGGGAGGAGAGUGGCUCGGCAGGACGGAGUGUGUGUGUGUGUGUGUGUGCGCGCGCGCGUGCAGGGGCAGAGGUAUGUGACGGGUGAGUGUGUCACGGGUGCUAGAUGUGGCUAUGUGUGUGAUGUAAGGGUGCCGGGUGCACGUGUGUCCCUGGCUCACCCUCCCUUCCCCCACCAGAUGUGUGCGCACAGAGGAGAGAGUUCUGGGGAGGGGGUAGGAGUCCGCCGCAGCUGCCUGCAGUUCGCCCAGCUUGCCUGCCUGGCGUUCUCCUCCAGGAAGCCGGAGAUCGCCAAGCUGCCCCUCCCCCGAAUACUUCAAGGGUCCUAGGGAAGGGAACAGGCCCAGCCCCAGGAAACGGGAGGGGCGGGAGGGAAGGUGCUUCUGCCAGAUUGGGAACCUUGCUUCUCUGGCCAGAGCCUGGGCGGCCUUCUGACUGGGCCAGAUCACUCAGCUCUGGCUUUACCCCUCCCGAGGCCCUGUGCCCCCUGGGGUCUGAGAGUGAGGGCGCCAGCACUUCUGGCUGGGGCGGGAGGUGGGGGUUGGAAUAGGUCAAGACAUCGGAAGGGCUUGCUUGUUCACAGUUAUAUGCCCAGAAGGGUGCUUGGCAAACGGUAAGCCUCCGUAAAUACUUGAGGCUCAGCAGAGGGAAGGAAGAGAGGAAUCCAUGUCUGGAAGCCCAAGUCCAUCCCUUUUGCUACUAGUUAAGGAUGAGGGCCCCUGGUUGCAGUCAGACCCCAGUUUCUGCAUGAGCAGAGGGGGAAGGAGGAACCCCCAGGCAGGGAUUUGUGCUGGGGCCUGAAGGUACAGGAAGGGCCCGGCAAGAAGAGCCAGAGCCAUGGACAGGACACUUUGCAUCCUGCCCACACUACCUGCUUCUCUGAGAUCAGAAGCCUCUCUCUGGGACAUCCGAUCCUGGGAAAGGGAAGAGGGUGGCCACAGCCAGGGCUCACAGGGCCUCUCCUCUCUCCAGGACCUUCCUCCUCAAAAGGUGCUGAAUAACUGAGUCCCUGCCCACCAAGGCCACCCGAAGCCAGGUGGGGCCAUGGCCAGGCAUGGCUGUCUAGGGCUGGGACUGUUCUGCUGCGUCCUGUUUGCUGCUACUGUGGGCCUCCAGCCCACCUCCUCCAUCCCAGGUGCCCCUGUCACCACUUUGACCCCCGCACCUCAAAGUGAGGCCUCUAUGCUGUCUCUCAACCUGGGACUUAACUUCAAAUUCCAUCUUCGGGGACCUGCUGCUGUCUGGGGGAGCCCAGUCACAGAGACCCAGCCACUCUCUCUUGGGCCAGGCCAGGAGCCAGGGGAAGAGGUGGCCAGUGGGCUGAGGACUGACCCCCUUUGGGAAUUGCUGGUGGGCUCCUCAGAGAACUCUCUCACUGAGUGGGGCUCCACCGAAGGUGGCUCAAAGCCCCGGGCCUCCUCCCUGCUUCCGGAGUCCACAUCCCGGCGCUCUGGGCCCAGCGAUGGGCCCACUGACCCCUAUCAGCCCAGGAGGAGCACUGUGACCUGGGACACUGCUCUGAUGGUGACAGCACUUCCAUCCAGUGCUCCCAGGCCCCACCAGAGCGAGCUGGAGCUGAAGUUUGACAUGGCACUGAGAGCAGGUGCAGCCCCCACGCUUGGGCAUCGAACGCUGCCCCUGCUGCCCAGCCUGCGGGCCAGCCUGGCAGAGAUUGCUGGGCGCCUGGGACCCUUUGGAUUCUUUGGCACUACUCUGUCCCCACUCCGGAACUUCUCCGGCCUGAGCCCCCCAGGUGAAACUACAUCCACAAGCUCUGCCUCUGGAGUUUCAGGUUCUCUGGACCCCACAGUCCCCAUCUCUGGCCCAGAUGACCUCUCUCCUCCCGCCAGCCUCGGGAACCCUUCGGGGCAGCCAGAGUGUGGGCCAGGGUCCUGCAGCGUGGGAGAAUUGCCUGAACGCGAGGGGCAGCCUCCCGAGGCGCCGAGGCCCCUCUUUUUCCUGACCCUGGAGGCCGACUGGGCAGAGGCCAGGGCUCGCUGGGGGCUGGCCUGGGAGGCCCACGUGUACGGGGUAGGCGCGCUCUUCGGCCUGGUUGCCUUGCUGGCGCUGCUGGCUCUGGCCCUCUUGCCCUGGCGCUGCCCGCCCGGCGCCCCCUGCCUGGCGCUGCUGGACCUGCUGCUGCUGUCGGCCGGGACCACGCGGGCCUUCCCGCUCUUCUACGACGCCUAUGGGCACAGGGAUCGACUGCCCGCGCUCGCCUGGCUGCUGCUGCAGGACCUUCCGCUGCCCUGCCUGGCUGCCGGCCUGGGGCUGGCCUGCCUGCUGCUGGCCCGGCCGCGCCCGCCGCGGUGCCCCGCCGGCCUGGCUGCGCUGCUGCUCCUGGGGCUGGGGCUGGCGGCCGCCGCCGCCCUCGGGAGCGCCGCGCAUCGCCCGCUGCGGCCCCUGCGGCUCGCCUCGCGCGGGCUGCACGCCUUUCUCGCCGCUUUCCUUUCGGGGCUGCUGCUGGCGCUCUCCUGCUGGGGCGGGCGGCGGCGGCGGGCCGGGGCGCCCCUGGGGGGGUCGGGCUUCAAGGGCGCCACACCCCUGCCGCAGGGGCGCAGCCCCUUCGCCCCUCGGGAGUCCUGGCGGCGCGCGGCGCGCACGGCCCCGGUGGCGGGCACCUUCGGGCUGCUGAGCGGAGCCCUGCAGGGCUAUGAGGUGCUGCACGCCCUGGGCUACGGCGGCCAAUCCGGCCUGGAAGGGCCCUGGCCCUGGUGGGCCUUCCAGCUAGGCCUGCGCCUGGGCGAGGUGGGCGUCGCGCUCCCGUUGGCGCUGCUGGGCCUCUACCCGGCGCUCUGCAGUCCUCGCGUGCCGCCGCGCUGCUGGGCCAAGCUCUUCCGCUUGUCCCCGGGCCACGCGGCUCCGCUGCUGCCGGGAGGCUGGGUCACUGGGCCCCCAGACAAGGAGCCCCUGGGGAGCGCCAUCGCUCGCGGGGACGCGGAGCUGCUGCAGCUGUGCGCGCUGGCAGGGCCAGGCCCAGACCUCCUACUCCAGGGCGGAGGUUGCCGGGGCUUCGAAGGCGCGGCGGCCAACCCGGCCCCGUCCCCGGCUUCCUCUCCCUGCAGCGAUUACACCGUGGACUUCCGCCCGCCCUCCCCAAUCAACCUGCGACGCAGCAUCGAGGAGGCCCUCUGCAGCGAGGCCCUGCUUGCGCCUGGCUUCUUCCAGGGCCCUGCCUUCGAGGACGCUCUGCCUGGGCUCGGACUCUACCGCACCGCCUCGCUGGGGACCGGGGGCAGGUCCAGUGAGAGAUCAGGGGAGGCCUCUGGCCCCCCUGCGCCCCCGGAGCUCCCCUCCCCUGGGGCUUGGCCCGCAGGCAGCAGCGUCUCAUCUGGCUCGUUCUGCGGACUCUCGCGGGACAGCUCGUCCAUGCUGCUGUGUUCCAGCCCCGACAGGCCCCCGCGCUGCCCUCUGGUCUGCGUCCUCAGUCCCCCGCGGCCCUCAGGAAGCAGCCCCAGCCUCCCGGCCUCAGGAUCCUACCAGGCCCUGUCCCCACCCUCUCGCGACUCCCCAGAGCCUGCUUCUGAGCUGCAGGCCGAGGAGGCCUUGCUGCAGGAGCAGUUCCUGGACGCCUGCCGACAGAUCGACGAGCUGAGCGUUGGCAGCGACACCAUAGACCUGUGAAGAGGUGGCCACCUUGCUACCCUGCGAUAUGCCCCUUUCUGGCGCCUGCCCUGCCCGAGACCUGCACACUGUAAUCCUUCCCCAAUCCUCCCUGGCUCAGAUACCUCUCCAGAUUCCUUCCCCAUCCAGGGGUCCCUGGGUGGGUGGGUCAGCAGCCAGGCUCUAUCGAUUGGGAAUCAGUGCCACCUUCUCUGGAGCCCUGGGUGCUGAUGCCCUCAGCUGCAAAUCUAGGUUGGCAGGGGUCCCAUUUUCCUUGGCAUUCACCAGCAAUAAAGCUCCAAGGUGCUCCACUCCUGACCACCACUCCCCACUCUGGUGCUGAGUGAGAGGGGCUGUCCUCAGAGGACCCUGGGACCUGCCUCAGGCCCCCUACCCACCUCUGCCAUGCCUAGGAAUCCCACCCCUGUGUGAAUGGGACUCCCUUUCCUCCAUGUGACACCCACAGGGGUCCAUGACCCAUCUAGGAGACUUUAUAGCAGUUGGGUGGGAGGGGAAUGCUCUUAAUUUAUCAAUAAAAUAUUU